CAUGACCUGAGCCAAAGUCGGACCCCAACCAACUGAGCCACUCAGGUGCUCCAAGAUUUGCCUUUUUAUAAGAGGCAAUCCCACAUCUGGAUAUUAAUUCAGACCUCCUUGCAUUGGUGUCAUUCUUUCCUUGUCUAUUUUUCUUAAUUAAAAAUCCCUCAGGUGCUUUCUUACAAGGUCUGGAUAUAGCAAUCUGGGCAAGUAGUUAAUUAGAGUUCAUUAGAACCCCCAUUAGAGUUCAUUAAGGAGAUGAGAGGACACUUGUAUCAGAAGGUAGAUGUGCAGACCCAGAGAAGAUGGUAGGUUGGCUAUGUGCUCAGAGUCUCUGGGAGAAAGAAACAUAUUAAUGAUAAUCAAAUGAGGGGGGAAAAUGGUGGACCAAUGGCCCAUAACCAACAGUUCACCAUAAUAUCUAAUAGUCUAAUGAGGCAAAUCCUAUAAAAGGUCUGAUGUGGGAACUGUGUAAAACAACAAUGCCCUCCCUCAAAGUACCCAUUGUGUAGACAGGAAAAUCCUCAACUACAAAGUCUCUGAUUCUCAACAGAGGUACGCUCCAUAGAGUAAUUCAUCCUUUCUCUUAAGCGAUGCUGAAUCAAACCUCAGUCACUGCAUUUCUCCUCCUGGGAGUCACAGACAUCCAAGCACUGCAGCCUUAUCUCUUCGUGGUUUUCCUUGCAAUUUACAUGGUCAGUGUGGUUGGCAAUGGAGCAGUCCUCCUGGUUGUCGUCUCUGAUCCAAGACUCCAUUUACCCAUGUAUUUCUUCCUGGGAAAUCUCUCGUGUCUAGAUAUCUGCUACUCCACGGUGACACUGCCAAAGAUGCUGGAGAACUUCUUCUCUACACACAAGGCAAUUUCCUUCUUGGGAUGCAUAAGCCAGCUUCACUUCUUCCACUUCCUGGGCAGCACGGAGGCCAUGCUGUUGGCCGUGAUGGCCUUUGACCGCUUUGUGGCCAUCUGCAGGCCACUGCAUUACUCUGUCAUCAUGAAUUACCAGCUCUGUACCCGGAUGGCUGUCACGGUCUGGACCAUUGGUUUUUUCCAUGCCCUGUUGCACUCCAUGAUGACCUCUCGCUUGAACUUCUGUGGUUCUCAUCAGAUCCAUCACUUCUUCUGUGAUGUCAAGCCUUUGCUGGAGUUGGCCUGCGGGAACACGGAGCUCAACCGGUGGCUUCUCAACACGGUUACCGGGACCAUUGCCAUGGGCCCCUUCUUCCUAACACUUCUCUCCUACUUCUCCAUAAUCAUCUCUCUUUUCUCCAAGACCCACUCCUGUAGUGUGCUCCACAAAGCACUGUCCACAUGUGCCUCUCACUUCAUGGUGGUCAUUCUUCUCUAUGCUCCUGUUAUCUUCACUUACAUAUCUCCUACCUCAGGCAGCUCCAUGGACCAGGAUCAGGUCGCUGCCAUUAUGUACACUGUGGUCACUCCUAUGCUGAACCCACUGAUCUAUACACUGAGGAACAAGGACGUGAAGGCUGCCUUGAGUAGUAUCUUCACAAAGAGGGGCGACCUGAACAUAUCUAGAGCACACUUCUAAGAGGAAGCAAUAGGCGAUGAUGAAGUUGGUGUGUGAGGUUAGACUGCUUCUCAGAUCAUGUACAAUAUGUAUAACAGGUGUAGUCUGAAGAAAAGAUAAAUGAGAAAGUCCAGAUUGUGUUAAAUAAUGCAUUCUUAGGUAGCAAAAUGGAAACCUGAACCCAUGGGACAUCAGCCAUAGAAUCCUAAUGUUCGGUUUUUGUUCAGGAUAUCACUUCAUAAAACUGAUUUUUUAUGUAUUCUUAUGGAUUCUCUAAUGACGUCAGGGAUAGAAAUAUGCCUAUAUCACUCACAUAUUGGGUACAUGAAUACUACUUAGGGCUGUUUAUCUGUGUGCUUCUUCUAAGUUAAUGUAUUUUAAGGUGAGCAAUAAAAUUCUUAUGCUGUUAUAUUUUGAGGAAUUGAAUUUGAACAUUUAAUAGGAUAAGAAAUGGUAAUUCAUAAAUGAGAAUGAGUUAAGAGGAAUUUUUAACCGUUACGUUUGAUUUCUUUUUUCCCUAAGCUGGAGGCAAAUAAAUGAUUGAAACAAAUGAUUUAAGCACUAAUUGACAGGGAUAAAAUAGCCAAUGGUUUAUCUAAGUGCUGUGGAUCCUCUAUCUCCAGAGAUUUUUUUAAAGUCAACCAGAUGAAUGGUAAAAGAGUCCUGUUAAAUCUGUUGAAAGUGGGGACAGAAUGAAAUUAAAAUCUCAGAGUCCCUCUCUAGCUAAUUAAUAGGUAAUUUUUCCCUCGGUGUUUGGUCAUGGAAAAUGUUGAGUUUCAAAAUACUUCCUAUUUUUUGUUUGGUUUUACUAUUUCUAUGAUAAUUUCCAGUGACUGUCAUGAUGCAAUAUGACAUAAUACUGAUGAAAUGUGCAGAAUUUAUCAAAAUGUUGUCUUGUUUUCCUUACUUGUCACCAAACCCAAAUGUAACGAAAGCAACUAAGUCAUAAUUGCUGAGAUAUUUCUGGAGCUAAUGUCGGGAGGCACUGUGUUCCCUAUUUUCUAAAUCCCAGGGGUGGUUUCUGUGCAUGAGGGAUGGUGGGAGAAACAUUUAUGACUAUUUAUAGAUGCAGGUGAAGACUGUGACAGGCCUUGAUGAGCUCAGGGACUGACUGUUCAAAUUCUCUGCAUCCACUUUUGUGAACACAAACACUGUGGUUUGAUCUCAUCCACUGUUUUUGGUCCCCCAAUUCUACUUUUGUUUAUAAAAAAAAAAAAUAAAAUGUGUCUGUGGAGAAGACAUUUCUACCCUGAACUGUCUCAGCCCCUCAUUUCUGUUGAUCAGAAUUGUUUACAAAAUCCAAGCUCCACGCAGGCCAUGAAGCAGAGAAGGACACGUCAUUAUCUGGUUGGCUACUGCUGCCUAA